AUGUCAUUGCAAUUGCUGAAUCCGAAGGCAGAGUCCUUGAGAAGAGAUGCCGCUUUGAAGGUAAACGUUACAUCAGCUGAGGGCCUGCAGUCCGUACUGGAGACUAACUUGGGCCCUAAAGGUACUCUAAAGAUGCUUGUAGAUGGUGCCGGGAAUAUUAAGCUGACUAAAGACGGUAAAGUGUUGUUGACUGAGAUGCAGAUCCAGUCUCCCACGGCCGUGCUGAUUGCCAGGGCAGCUGCCGCCCAGGACGAAAUCACGGGCGAUGGUACUACGACAGUUGUGUGUCUCGUGGGUGAACUGCUUAGACAGGCGCAUCGUUUCAUUCAAGAAGGCGUACAUCCUCGGAUUAUCACGGAUGGUUUCGAGAUUGCGCGGAAGGAGUCUAUGAAGUUUUUAGAUGAAUUCAAGAUUAGCAAGACGGACUUGCCCAAUGAUAGAGAAUUUCUCUUGCAAGUGGCUCGGUCCUCGUUGUUAACCAAGGUGGACGCGGAGUUGACGGAGGUCUUGACGCCGAUUGUCACGGACGCUGUUUUGAGUGUGUAUGAUGCGCAAGCAGACAAUUUGGAUUUGCACAUGGUCGAGAUCAUGCAAAUGCAGCACCUUUCUCCCAAGGAUACGACUUUUGUUAAAGGUCUGGUAUUAGAUCACGGUGGCAGACAUCCUGACAUGCCCACCCGUGUGGAGAACGCGCACGUUCUGAUUCUGAAUGUGUCUUUGGAAUACGAGAAGACAGAGGUUAACUCCGGUUUCUUCUACAGUUCUGCGGACCAAAGAGACAAAUUGGCGGCUAGUGAAAGAAAAUUUGUGGAUGCCAAGUUGAAGAAGAUCAUUGAUUUGAAAAACGAAGUUUGCGGCAUGGAUCCGCACCAGGGCUUCGUUAUCAUAAAUCAAAAGGGUAUUGACCCCAUGUCUUUGGACGUUCUUGCGAAGCACAACAUCCUAGCUUUGAGGAGGGCCAAGAGACGUAACAUGGAGAGAUUGCAACUAGUCACCGGCGGUGAAGCGCAGAACUCAGUCGAGGACUUGUCACCUCAAAUUCUUGGGUUCUCCGGCCUGGUCUACCAAAAGACCAUAGGCGAGGAAAAAUUCACAUACGUCACAGAAAAUACCGACCCUAAGUCUUGCACCAUUCUAAUCAAGGGCUCUACUCAUUAUGCUCUUGCUCAAACAAAGGAUGCUGUGAGAGAUGGCCUAAGAGCAGUAGCAAACGUCCUCAAGGAUAAGAAUAUUAUUCCUGGAGCCGGUGCAUUUUACAUCGCUCUGUCGAGGUAUCUAAAGUCCGCCAAUUUGAACAAACUGGGCGCCAAGGGCAAAACAAAGACGGGUAUUGAAGCGUUUGCAGAAGCUUUGCUCGUAAUUCCGAAGACUCUGGUGAAAAACUCGGGUUUUGACCCGUUGGACGUCCUCGCAAUGGUGGAGGACGAGUUGGAUGACGCUCAAGACUCUGAUGAAACAAGAUAUGUCGGUGUGGACUUAAACAUAGGUGACUCGUGCGACCCUACUAUCGAGGGUAUUUGGGACUCCUAUCGCGUGUUAAGAAACGCUAUUACCGGUGCCACCGGUAUUGCAAGCAACCUAUUACUAUGUGAUGAAUUGUUGAGGGCUGGUAGAUCCACUUUGAAAGAAGCUCCACAAUAA